CCAAUCACUAUGAUUUCCACUGUGACUCAAUGAUCCAUUUGAGUGGGACGACAUCAGUUACGCAAACACAGGCCAAUAUACAACAAUGAUCGAAGGACUGUCUGCUUUGAUUCUCCUAACCACAUUAUCUCUACAUCAGACUGUGGAGGUUCCUCAGCAGAUCCCUUUGAUUGUGGCUAACCUCGGUGAUAACAUCAAUCUGAUAUGUUCAGUUUCUGGGCAAGAAGCCUGGUUGUUUUUCUGGUAUAAGCUGAAUUUUGGAUACAUGGUCCAAACACUUGCUAAAGGACCUUCUCCGGAUACAAAGCUUCAAGGACAAUUUGACAGCCCGAGAUUCAGAGUCAAGACAGUGGGUGAUCUGUAUAUUCUUACCAUAAGAAAUAUAAGCAAAGACGAUGAAGCAACAUACUUCUGUCAAGCAGGAGAGCCAUAUAUACUGACUUUUAUUAAUGGCACAAUUUUGGCUGUGAAAGAUCAUAAAAAUCAGCAGAAACACAUCUAUGUCAAACAAAGUCCGGAGACUGCGUCAGUCCAGCCGGGAAACUCGACGACUCUCGAGUGUUCACUUCUCUUCAAGCACAAAGAAAACCUGGUCCAGUGUCCAGGUGAACACAGUGUGCACUGGUUCAGAGCCGGAUCAGGACGCUCCCAUCCCGGCUUCAUUUACACUCAGAGCAGCAGGAGAGAUGAACAAGAGGAGAAGAGCUGCGUCUACAGUCUGUCCAAAACUAUACACAACUCCUCAGAUGCUGGGACUUACUACUGCGCUGUGGUCACAUGUGGAGAGAUCCUGUUUGGUGAAGGAACCAAAGUGGAGAUGACUCUACAUCAGACUGUGGAGGUUCCUUAGCAGAUCCCUUUGAUUGUGGCUAACCUCGGUGAUAACAUCAAUCUGAUAUGUUCAGUUUCUGGGCAAGAAGCCUGGUUGUUUUUCUGGUAUAAGCUGAAUUUUGGAUACAUGGUCCAAACACUUGCUAAAGGACCUUCUCCGGAUACAAAGCUUCAAGGACAAUUUGACAGCCCGAGAUUCAGAGUCAAGACAAUCAUAAAAAUCAGCAGAAACACAUCUAUGUCAAACAAAGUCCGGAGACUGCGUCAGUCCAGCUGGGAAACUCGACGACUCUCCAGUGUUCACUUCUCUCCAAGCACAAAGAAAACCUGGUCCAGUGUCCAGGUGAAC